UUUUUUUUUUUUUUUUUUUUUUUUGCCUUUCCUCGGAAGCCACUACUUUGGUUUCAUUAUGUUAGUAGCUGGUGCAGCACCACAGACUGCAUCGGCAGCUACCCAUGAGUGCUGCCUUCGCUGCUGUUUUCUUCUGAUUCAGGGUUUGGUGAGUAUGGUAGGCCCUCCAUGAGGAAACUGUUACAUUGUUACUGUUACCUGUGUCAGGCAUAUCUUUUGAAAUAAAAUUACAUACAUUUUUCAAGAUUCCCUCUAUGUAAGCUUGGCUGUUCUAGAAAUCUGUAGACAGGCUGGCCUUAGAACUCAGAUUUGCCUACCCCUGCUUACCUCUGACCCCAAGUGUUGGAAUUAAAUGGUGUGUGCCACCAUUACUGCCCAGCUUUUUCCCUCAGUAUAUGUAUAUAUUAUUUUUCCACAUUUUCCUUGAGAACAAUAGGUAGCAAUGUACCUUUUUGUAAUUUAUUGUGCAUAUAUCUCUAAUAAUGAGCAUCAUCUAAGCCUCUGGAAUCACAUCUCCACUGAGCACUUUCCUGUCGUCCUCCAUUGUGUCCCCAGGUUGCCAAGUCUGUCUUAUUCUGAUUAACUUUCAGUACUAGCCCAUCCUAAUGAAAUCAUCUAUUUUGGAAUGACAUGUUCAAUGAGACAGUUCUCUCCUUUUAAACAAAUGAAGUAGGCAUUGAUAAGGGAAUCCCUUUUUCCCUGCAUAGAUUGCUUCGUGUUAGAAAUCAGGUGAUCCAAAGCAGAGUCUGAUAAUGCCACACGGUCCCUCUGGCCAUGGCAUCUGUUUUGGUUUUUUUCUUGAUUAUUUGAGUCAUUGUUCUAGUGAACCUAAGGCACUGAAAAAUGUUUAUCAAAUGUUUGCUCAGUGCUUCUGUGACCUGAGUCCUCUUCUUUGAGUGGGUCCUGCUAGCCCUGGCUGUCCUGGAAUGAGCUUGAACGAACCUGCAUAUGUUUAGGAAGCACUGAAGUAAAGAGGCCCAGUAGAGACUUGGAACAGAAGCUAGACGCUAGCUGUUAACAUUCCGUGGGGUGAGAGACAGAAGGAAGGCCUUUUGUGUCUUAGGCUUUUAUUUUUAAAUCUGUCAAGCCUGUUAAGUUUUGAUAUUCUAAGAGAUGAACUAUAUCUUGGAGAGGCUCAAAAUUAAAAUAAUCCCUUGUCUAGUAUGGUAACAGAGGUGGCUUUUGGAAGAGAAAAUCUCAUUAGGUGAUUUGCUUGCUAUCAGAAAUGACUUGGCAUUUGUUUUAAAGCAGGCACAAAUAGUACUUAAUGUGAUGUGGCAAAGGAAGUGAACUUUUCAUAGCAGUCAAUGGCUAUUUAGUUCUAACAGUAAUCCUAUUAAAGUAGUACAGUUUUUUUUGGUAUUAACUUUGACACAGCACAGGUAAAUAAAUACUUUACCCAAGAAUACAUGGUUUUAUAUGGAAUAGAAAUGGGAGAGACGGGCUGGUGAGAUGGCUCAGUGGGUAAGAGUACCCGACUGCUCUUCCAAAGGUCCAGUGUUCAAGUCCCAGCAACCACAUGGUGGCUCACAACCAUCCGUAACAAGAUCUGACGCUCUCUUCUGGUGUGUCUGAAGACAGCUACAGUGUACUUACAUAUAAUAAAUAAAUAAAUAAAUCUUAAAAACAAAACAACAAGAAAUGGGAGAGACUAAUAGGGACCAUACAUGGAUCUAUUAUAUCUCAGGGUGGGUGGGGGGUUAAUGAAGUGAGGCACAUUUGAAUCAGACAAUUUCCUUGAGAAGAUCUAGAGAAAGAACAUUCCAACUGGAAAGACAACAUAGAUAUUCAAGUUUCAUAGGCAAAUUUGGAUAUUCAUGAUAAAGUGUCAGUCAAAUGAGUUACUUAUUUUUUGGUAAGGUAGUCUCACAGUGUUGCCCUAACUGGCCUGUAACUUGCUAUGUAGAUCAGACUGGCCUUACAGACCAUCUACCCCUGUGUCUGUGUCUAAAAGGCUCUGCUGAGUGGAGUUUUGCAUCCUUUGGAUUAGAUGAGACCACAUACAGAAGAGGCUAAUAAGCUCUUACGUGUUUUCCCAAUUGAACUACAGGUGUUGCAUGUAGAGAAUACUGGGACACCAAAUAUGGCAAGGUCUGGUGUCAUGAGCAGUUUGGUAACAAAUGCUCAGAAGUCAGAAUAGCAAAUGAGUUACUGACAGGCCAACUUGUGAAGUUAGACCCUCAAGUGGCUAGUGGUUCAGGCAAGUUAACUUGCCUCACGAGGAUUGUUAUGGUAGAAGUGCAGUAGCUGCUUCUCUGGCUCAUUGGUCAUUUGGGAACACAGCUGAAUGGAGGUUCUACAGUCUUCAAUGUAUGCUAGCUUUGAAAUUACAUUCAGCCAUCUAAACAGCAAGUAGUGCAUGAAGGAUCUUGAUAGGUUUUUAUGGGCCAGAACUGGGUACAUAGAAGUUUGUCAUGGCUAUACCAUUUUCAUUGGCAGCCAGAGGUAAGCCAUCUGUGGGGCUAGGAGAAGGGCAGUUUACUGUCAGCAGUGGGUUAUGCACCACAGAUGAGUGGCAGCAUGUGUAUAUAAUGGCUUGAUAAGAACCAUCUCUGUGAAGUGAUAGAUGAAGCCUGAGAAGACUGGAGUAACAAAGGGGACUGACUUAACACAGACUCCUGAACUUUAUAAAUACAUAUCGGGGUAGGUGUUUUACUUGUGUGCAUGUCAGUGUACAGCUAGUGUGCCUGGUGCUCUCAGGGCAAAAGCGUACACUCAGUAUAAGUCUAGAACUGACUUACAGGCUGCUGUGAACUGCCAUGUGGAUUCUGGGAAUCAAACUCAGAUCUCUGGAUGAGCAGGCAGUGUACUUAAAUGCCGAACCAUCUCUCCAGCUCCUUUUUCUGAAAAACUCUUCAGGAUAGCGUAGAGGCUACAGAGAAAGGGGGAAUAUGUGUGAAUGAAGCAUGUUACCAGUGUGAAAAGAAGUCAAGCAGACAACACAUUUUAGUAUUUGAGGACUGGAUUUGCAAGGUGGCACUGCUGUCGAUACCUUAGUGACAGACAGCAAAGCAUGAGCUAUGUGGAACUUGGAAGAAGUGGUAUGCUAUGUCUUCCAUCUCCAAAUUGAACAGCCUUUGUUGUGGGAGUGGGUUGAGACCUCUGAUCUAAAUAUGUAGAGUUGGCUCUCACUCCUAUCCCCCUUGAGAGUCAAUAUAGCCUUGGAUGUCCUAGAACUGGCUAUGUAGGCCGGGCUAGCUUGGCUGCAGGUGCUGGGAUUAAAGGUAUGUACCACAAUACCUAGCUCUAAUUAAGUUUUUUGUUUGUUUGUUUUGUUUUUGUUUUUCGAGACAGGGUUUCUCUGUAUAGCCCUGGCUGUCCUGGAACUCACUUUGUAGACCAGGCUGGCCUCGAACUCAGAAAUCCGCCUGCCUCUGCCUUCUGAGUGCCGGGAUUAAAGGCCUGUGCCACCACGUCCGGCCAUAAAUUUUGUUUUUUUAGUUUUGUUUUUUUUUAAAGAUUUAUUUCAUGUGUAUGAGUAUAUACUGUAGCUGUACAGACAGUUGCGAGCCUUCAUCUGGUUGUUGGGAAUUGAAUUUAGGACCUCUGCUUGCUCCAGUCAACCCUGCUCGCUCUGGCCCAAAGAUUUAUUUAUUAUUAUAAAUAAGUACACUGUAGCUGUCUUCAGACGUGCCAGAAGAGAGCGUCAGAGCUCAUUACAGGUGGUUGUGACCCACCAUGUGGUUGCUGGGAUCUGAACUCAGGAGCUUCGGAAGAGGAGUUAGUGCUCUUAACCGCUGAGCCAUCUCUCCAGCCCCUCUAAGUUUUUAAUAAAUGAAAUCGGCAUAGGUUGCAAACAGAAUUGACUUUUCUAGAACUACAAAAUGAGUCAGUCCAGUUUUGGUUUUGUUUCUCCUCUUAUGAUGGGAUUAAAAAACAGCCUUGCAUUCAUUAUACAUUAGCCCCUAGUUUUUAAAUACAGUGGUGUGUUGCAUUCAUAGUUACAUGUUGUAAAAUAUACUGUGACAGAGAACACUGCCAACAUUUUAGGAGCCUGUCACUUGAUUACUUGAGGCGAUACUAAAAAGCUCGUGAUAAUCAGGUUCUCAGGACUGGAGAGAUUGGGGGUAAGUGUAGGGAGGCAAGAAUUCACUGGUAGAUACUGAUCUUUGGAUGACUAGAUGUAAAGUGAUAAUGGUCAUGAAAUAGUUUAAUAGAGAUGACUGUCAGUGUGAGGAAAAGAAUCGAUCUACUGUAAGCUUAAGAUUUACAAAUUCAUUGAAAAAAGGAUUUCUGGGGAGAUGGGUGUUUUCCAUAGAUUUUUUUAAAAUCGAGAGAGUUUACAUACCUUACAGUAACUUUAAGAAUGUUUGUGUGUGGGGGGAGGUGCGCUUGUGCAUGAGUGUCACAUCAGAAGAUGGCUUUUGGCUUCUCUCCUUCCACACUAUGGAUCCCAGCCAUCAGUCUUAAGUUUUUAGGCUUGUUUGCAGGCAACUUUACCUGCUGUUAACCUUGUUAACAGUGUGCAAUUCAGUACUAGUAGAUUUUACAAGGUUAUAUAAACAUCACUACUAUCUAAUUCCAGAAUAUCUUCCUUACCUCCCAAAAGAAACCCUAUACACAUUAGUGGUCAUUUCCUGAUCCAGAGCACCUCUAAUCCAGCGGUUCUCAACUUUUCUUUUCUUUCUUUUUCUUUUUUUUUUUUUUUUUUUUGGUUUUUCGAGACAGGGUUUCUCUGUGUAGCCCUGGCUGUUCUGGAACUCACUUUGUAGACCAGGCUGACCUCGAACUCAGAAAUCCGCCUGCCUCUGCCUCCCAAGUGCUGGGAUUAAAGGCGUGCGCCACCACCGCCCGGCAGUUCUCAACUUUUCUAGCACUGCUACCCUUUAAUAGUUCCUCAUAUUGUGAUUCCCAACCAUACAAGUAUUCUGUUGCUACUUCAUAACUAAUUUUGCUACUUUAUGAUCAUAAUAUCUGAUAUGCAGGAGAUCUGAUAUGUGACUCCCAAAGGGGUCAUAGUCUACAGGUUGAGAACCAGUGUUCUACUGAAUGAAAAUGCUAGAGCUAAACCCUGCUGAUGGACACUUGGGUUUCCACUUGGCUGCUGCCAAUAGCAUAGCUCCCAGCAUCUGAAUAGAAGCUGUCACUGUUCUUGGGUGGGGAUGGAGAAGUGGAAUAGUAGUUGUAUUUCUUAGCCUAUUUAUGCUUUGCUUUGUUGUUGUGUCUGGAGGGCUGGGCUCUACCUCAGGCAUUUCCAGUGUUUUCCUUAGAACAUUUUUCACUUAUUCUGGUGAUUUCUAAUUUUAAGAGCCAUUAUAACUCAUCUUAUUUGUUUAGCUGGGUACCAGCUUUUCCAGCAUUCUUUUUUUUUUUUUUUUUUUUUUUGGUUUUUCGAGACAGGGUUUCUCUGUGUAGCCCUGGCUGUCCUGGAACUCACUUUGUAGACCAGGCUGGCCUCGAACUCAGAAAUCCGCCUGCCUCUGCCUCCCGAGUGCUGGGAUUAAAGGCGUGCGCCACCAUGCCUGGCCUUUCCACCAUUCUUGAUUCCUUACCUCCUGUGUUUAAUCACCAGGUAUUAUAUUCCUCAUUUUCUCCAUUCUUGCCCUGGAACUUGGCAUCCUGUAUGAAACAAGGUCCAUUUCCACUGUAGAUUCAUGGUGCACAGAUUCAGUUGGCACACUAAACGUUUUAUUCUGUUCCUAUUGAAUUGAAACUUGUCAUAACUACCUACCUUUAGGAGUUUAAACUUACUAUUUUCUUGAGCCUCAAUCUGACCAGUAUGUUUGUUGUUUUGUUUGGGGCAGGGUCUCAAUAUAUAGCUCUGGCUGGCUUGGAACCUGCAGUAUAGUCUAGGCUGGCCUUGAACUCAAGACAUAUGCUUGCUGGGGACUAAAGUUUUCACUACGUGCCAGGCUGACCAGUAUGGUUUAAUAGAAAAAUGAAAUUUACUAAAGAUUUAGGCUAGGUAAUGUGCAUGUUUUCUCUCCUUGAAUUCUUCUGGACUAAUAAACCCUUACACUUAGUAUUUCAGGAAUUACUGAUGCUGCCUCCUUCCCUACCAUUUUUCUCUGCCAGUUAUUUUAUGGUUCAAGAAGAAAACAGCAAUCCUAGUUGUUCUACAUAACAUCUAUCUCCUUCCUCUUCAGUAAUCGGAUGACAGACAGAAUAAUCUUCCUCCCCCUUCCCUUCUUCAUGGUGCCUCACAGAGGCUAGGUCUUGAGCUUGGUCAGUAGCUGAGAGAGACCUGACUUUGCGGCACUCCUGCUCCCUACCUCCGAGGGCUGAGAUUAGAGGGCUGUGCCACAACCAUCAUGCCUUAGUGUAUAAAUUGUUGGAUGUGGGGCCCAGGGCUUUGUGCAGUCCAAGCAAGCAUGCCAUCACUGAACUACCCUAUUUCCCAAAGGAACUUGUACUUCUUGACUACCCUCUAGUUCCUUUACAGUUAUUUCCAACUUUUAAAUAUUUUCUCAAGCAACACCUGUUCACCAUUUUUAUAGCCUUUGUCCUUUCAGUUCCCAUGUAUACCACUAAUUUUGCUACUCAACUGUUUAUUUUUUGUAAAACUGGAAAAAAGUAAAAUAUGAGGUUCCCACCCUAAUAAACCUGUUUGUACAUAAAAGUUCACAUGAAUGUCUAGAGAGAUGGCUCAGUGGCCAAGCACACCUGUCACUCUUCCUGAGGACCCACGGCAAUCAGAAACCAACUGUAACUCCAGUUCCAGGGGGUCUUGACGCCCUCUUUUACCUCUGUGGGCACCAAGCACGCUCACAGUGCACAGACAUACAAGCAGGCAGAACACUCAUAAAUAUUUUUCUAUUUAAACCUCAUGGGGUUUGUUACAAUCUAGAGUAAAGCGAUGGGAAUUAUCUUCAAGUUGGUCACAGCUCAUUGCUACAUUAUAACUCACAUCUUGGGUUAUCCAAAAACAACCCCCCCCCAAAAAAACAAAACAAAACAAAACAAAACAAAAAAACCAAAAACCCAUACCCUGUUUCCAGAGGUGGUUCUCAAAAUUGUAGGUUCGGGAACUCGAUUUUAAGCAGUUUGGUGAAUGAUGGUAACUGAGCACCGGGAGAUUAAUGCAGUACCGAACUAAGAAAAAUUAUAAAACAAUUGCUCUUACACCUUACUAUGCAAGAAUAACCCCUGGGUGCUGGCUAGGCAUAUACGUGUCUGUUAUCAAGGAUACUUUCCUGGAUCGAGCUAUUAAAAAAAAAAACAUAUUUAGUUGAGUACAAAUUGUGUGGCUAUAGGUGAAUACAAGUAAAACUAUUUGGCCUUACAAUCUCAGUCCCUUAAUAAGGAGGGAUAAAGCAUUUCCCGGCUUCUCGUACGACGUCAGCAUAUGCUUGGUAAUGGUCUUCCGAUCUUGCCCUGUCGUGGCUAAUCUAGUCUUCAAGCUGAAGGCAAGCUUUAAGCUCCAGCUUGCGCCGCUUGCAGUCAGCACCUACCUUUCUUGCUUUCUGGUCCUCUCUGGGCUCCACCCCAAAUCUUUCCCUACCAGGCUGGCGUCCCAGGGUCCUUUUUCCUGUCAGGUCUGUCAACAGAUCUCAUCCCACCAAUUUCGGCUAAAUAAACUACUAGGCUCUUCCGGUCCACCGCCCGGAACCGAAAGGAAGCGAGGAAUCGCGGCUGGGCGGAACCUCCCCGGGUGGGGCCCGCGCCCCGCAGCGCCCCGCCGCGCCGCGGGCGGGCAAGCUGGGAAAUCUCAUGGUCUCCUCAGUCCCAGCGAACCGUCACCUUGGCUCUCCUCGUGGCCACUGGGGCAACCUGCGGUCCCCUGAGAGCAGAGGUCUCCUGGCGCCGGCAGAAAGGUCCCUACAAACUUAAGACCGUAGGUGUGGGGACGAGGCCGUCAGCUGAGCGAACCUGCGAGCUCCAGCAAGAAAAAUUCCUACUGGUUUUAAAGCAAAAUGGAGAAGUACGAGAACCUAGGAUUGGUUGGAGAGGGGAGUUACGGAAUGGUGAUGAAGUGUAGGAACAAAGACAGUGGAAGAAUUGUGGCCAUUAAGAAGUUCCUAGAAAGUGACGAUGAUAAAAUGGUUAAGAAGAUCGCAAUGCGAGAGAUCAAGUUACUAAAGCAACUGCGGCAUGAAAAUUUGGUGAAUCUGUUGGAAGUAUGUAAGAAAAAAAAACGUUGGUACCUAGUCUUUGAAUUUGUUGACCACACGAUUCUUGAUGACUUGAAACUCUUUCCAAAUGGACUAGACUAUCAAGUAGUUCAAAAAUAUUUGUUUCAGAUUAUUAAUGGAAUUGGAUUUUGCCACAGUCACAAUAUCAUACACAGAGAUAUAAAGCCUGAGAAUAUAUUAGUCUCCCAGUCUGGCGUUGUAAAAUUAUGUGACUUUGGAUUUGCACGGACCCUGGCGGCUCCAGGGGAGGUUUACACUGACUAUGUGGCCACCCGGUGGUACAGAGCUCCAGAACUGCUGGUCGGUGACGUCAAGUAUGGCAAGGCUGUGGAUAUCUGGGCCAUUGGUUGUCUGGUCAUUGAAAUGCUUAUGGGGCAGCCACUGUUUCCAGGAGAAUCUGAUAUUGAUCAGCUACAUCAUAUUAUGACAUGUUUAGGUAAUUUAAUUCCAAGACACCAGGAGCUAUUUUAUAAAAAUCCUGUGUUUGCUGGAGUAAGGUUGCCUGAGGUCAAAGAUGCAGAAGCAGAGCCUCUUGAGAGCCGCUAUCCUAAGCUCCCUGAAGCUGUGAUCAGUUUAGCAAAGAAAUGCUUGCACAUUGACCCAGACAAAAGGCCCUUCUGUGCUGACCUUCUGCGCCAUGACUUCUUUCAAAUGGAUGGAUUUGCUGAGAGGUUUUCUCAAGAAUUGCAGUUAAAAAUAGAGAAAGAUGCCAGGAAUAAUUCUUUACCUAAAAAGUCUCAAAACAGAAAGAAAGAAAAAGACGAUGCCUUAGGUGAAGAAAGAAAAACCCUUGUGGUACAGGAUACCAAUGCUGACCCCAAAAUUAAGGAUUCAAAAGUAUUUAAAGUAAAGGGGUCAAAAAUUGAUGUUGAGAAAAUGGAAAAAGGAAGUAGAGCUUCAAAUGCCAACUGUCUCCAUGACAAUGGGACAAACCACAAAGGCUUGGCUUCCACCAGCCUCAGAGAUUGCAGCAAUGUCAACAUUGAUCACUCAAGGAACCCAGGCACAGCGAUUCCUCCCCUCACACACAAUCUUUCUGCAGUUGCUCCUGGCAUUAAUGCUGGAAUGGGGACUAUUCCUGGCGUUCAGAAUUACAGAGUGGAUGAGAAAACAAAGAAAUACUGUAAUCCAUUUGUUAAACCAAAUCAGCCUCCUCCAGCAGGGAUUUAUAAUAUGAAUGUCUCAGGUGAAAAGUACCUCCUUCAGGCAAACAAGAAAAGGAAGGAAUAUCCCAAAGCAGACGUGCGGUUGCCUGAACUAAACUAUAACCAUCUUCCUGAACUGAGAGCUUUAGAAGGCAUAGCUCGAAAUUCUAGGCUAAUAAAGAAAGAGAACAAAUGCCUUUCAGAAUCUCGAAUUCCCUCUCUGGCUGCCAUUGAUCUGCACGUGUCCAGUGUUGCAUCACACCAGGGAGCAGGAUCACCCCUGUCAGAUGAUUCUGAGGCUGAUUUGCCUCGGAUGGAACACCAACACUGAGACUCAUUUUAAUCCUGAACAGGAUGCUGCCAGCCCUGGAGAUGACGUCCUCUUGCACGAGAGCACUGAUACCCUAGAGGAGAUCUGCAGUUUGACUGUUUCCUUCUGGAAACCUAUGCUUUCUAAGAAAGGCUUUGUAGAAGAAGGGAAGACAGACUUCCAAAGACUUCAAAGGAAGAUUGAACAAGUGCCCCUUCACCUUUCCAACCUAUGAUGCUAUUUCAAGAUAUAUCCAUGGAACAACAGUGACAUGGUUAUUGUUACAUGAAUGUGUAUUUGAUAUUAGUAGAUUGUGUAUUUAAAGUUAUAUGAGAUUAAAAGUCAGUAAAAAAAGGAGAGAAUCAUUAUAAAAGGUCAUGAUUUUAUGCAUUGAACUUUGUGUAUUAUCUAUAUAAAUGUUUACAGAUGAAAAUGAAAAAAAGCUAGGAUCUGUAAGAGAAAAGUUUCCUUUACCUUAACUAUAAGAACACAUUUUAAAAGUUUGCUUAUGGGCAUGAGAGUAGUGUAAGACUGUGGUCGGGCGGGUUAGACGUGCGUCUUUGUUUCCUGUCAUUGUCGACUGACUUGUCUCUACAGAUCUAAGAUCUGUGCUAUUGCAAAUCUGCCAGAGAACCCUUGUUUCUAAUGACUGUGCUGUUGGCUAGUCUUCUGUACUGAGAGAUUCUGGUGCUAAUGUUCUGCAUGAAAGGACAAGGUGGGGGUGGUGUGGGGAGAGUUUUGUGGGUACACCGUUGAGUGAAGAACUUUUUCUCCUUGAGGAAAAACGUAUAAAAUAUAAAAAUAAGAGAUGGGUGCAGAGCUGCCUGGCAGUCUGUCUGGUUCUCCUGGCUAGGCCAGUUGCCACUGAGUCACUCAACCAAAGAGGCUUUUGGAGGCUUUGAUGGAGUCCACUCUUGUCUCUGAUAGUUUGAGGUUGAUAGUGGACAAACCACAGAAGUUCCUAUUGCCCUGUUACCUCAGAUACUUAGCCUUACCCCAAAGCCUUUUACCAAGGUGGGAAGUCAUCAUGUGUGCUCCACAUAUGCUUUCUGAUGUAUAGGUUUAAAACCUUUCAGGCAGGAGGAUUAGGCCAUUUUGAUUCCAGGGUCUCAGUGUCUGUGUUUCCAGCCAUGCUCCUCAUUGAUCAUUUGGGAAAAUAGCUGUUCAGGGGCCCAUAUUUGUGUAGUGUUUUUGCAUUAGCCAACUAAUGGGAUCUUUUUUCUUUUUUAAGCUGUUGACUAGAACUUAGCCUAAGAAUUGAACAAGAAUUCUUCAUUCUGCUGAGGGAAGUAAAAAUAAAAUCGUAAACUUGGACACUUGGAGUAGACAUUCAGGAUGAGGCAAAAUAAAGGGUUCUAACAUAAAACAAAUCUGUUGGUAAUAGUUGAAUAAAUGUUGAUUUUUAUUCAAAAGCUGUAUUUUAAACCUGUGACCAAGGGUUUGCCUAGAUUAGUAAGACUAAUAUGCUGAUAAAACUCACUGUGUCAGUAGUAAUAGGCUUUCUACUAAAAUACCACUAUUUAUUGUUAUUUUGAAAAUAUUGCCAGCAGCUAGCAGCGUGGGGAGGAGACAGUACUCGAAGCUGAUUGGCACCCAGCUAGUUUCAGGGCUGUUCUCAUGUAAAGGCCGACGUGAGAAUAUCAGCCUGACAACGGAGGGACUGCGUCAGCUACCUUAUAAUGUGCAGUCUUGAGUUUGCUAUCUUUGGCCUAUUAAGAUACUUUAUGAACUUUACAGUUAAAAGAUUAAAAAUCAUUUCUUAAGUCCUUAUUGAUAUCUGAAGAUCAUAUUUUGUUAGACCUUGGUGAGGAACUAAAGAAGUCAAUGCUGUUCAGAUGAAGUCUCUAGGUACCAAACCAACAUGUUCUCUUUUAUCAAUGCUCGGGUGUUUAGUCUCUUCUCACAGGGAUGUGCUUUAUGUAAACAUGCUAAUGUGAAAUCAGUUCAUGUACUUUUGGAGACCGUGGGCUUGCUGUGCCCACCUGUGUUUUAAAAUUAAUAAAUAUUGUCUAACUAAGCACGAUAUAUGGCUUUAAUUCAUAUUAAGAGAUUAUAAGUAAUAUACAUACCAGUGUAUGGUACUAAUAAAUAAAAUUGAAAUAG